AUGGCGUGCACACCCCUUUUGAGCGAGGAUGACCUUUAUCGAUUUCGAACAAAACAGUGUCUAAGGAUAGUUAAGGGUUCAUGCGAAUUUGGCCAAGACAGAUGUCAGUACAGCCAUAGUGCAGAAUGGAUUAGGAGGUGUCCAUAUUACAUUUCACUUCCAUCUUACUUGAGAUAUAUACCAGUAUCAUGCCCUUUUGGUAAAAGAGAAAAGAACGAAAGCGAAGAAGAUAAAGAAAAAAUAAAAAAUAUUUUUAGAAAUUCCAUACAUUUAACAAAUAAAGAUGGGAGUGUAAACAAUAAUUUUUACAAAUAUAUUGAAGAAAAAAAUAUAAAUAAAUGUCCUUUAGGUGUUGAAUGCCCAUUAGCACAUACAAAAGAAGAAAUAGAUUAUCAUCCACUAGUCUAUAAAACGAAAAGAUGUGAAUAUUUUAAAAAUGCUAAUUGUAAUAGAUACUACUGUCCAAACUUACAUGGAUUAGCAGAACAGAGAAAAAUCAAAGAAUAUUUUAUACCAUUUUCAAGCAAAAUAGAUAUUCCUCCUUAUCCUAAUGUCACUAUAGUUAAAAAAAUUCAGUAUGGAUCAUUCAAAGGUCAAAAUCAGAUAAGAAAUAAUACAAAGAAGACAAAUUCCCUUCAACAAGGAUUCAACAACUCAUGCUCAUUUUAUUUCAAUUCCACAUCAAAUAAGAAUCAAAAUCAGAAUCAGAUACAGAUUCAGAAUCUUAAAAAUAUCGACCCCGUUUCCAUUGGGAAGAAGAUGCACAAACAUAUUGAUUUGAAACAUAACUCUAUAAAUAUCCCAUGUCAUGAAAAAAAAUUAUCUUUCCAAUAUUGUACAAAUAAUGACCAAAGGCAUAGCACAUGUUGUUGUGACAGAAAUUUUAUGACUUAUGAAAAUUCAUUAAUAAAAAAAAAAAAAAAAAAUUCCAUUUUUACCUAUUUAAAUAAUUACGAUGAUAAAUAUACUUUGUAUCUACGCAUUCUAAAAAAAUUUUUAUAUCUAUUCGAUUUAGACAUCUCUGAUAUAAACUCGAAGGCCUCAUUAAAUUCUUCACAUGGAGAGUUAGACGUAUGUGAUCAUUUUUUGGAUGCAAAUAAAACCUUUGCAAGUGCAAAAACAACUGAUAGCUGUGGUUACAUGCUUACAAAAAACAACGUUCCCUCACUCUCAACAAAAGAUAUGGGAAAUGUUCAAAAAAAUUCUGAUCAUUCAGAUUUAUCAACUACUAAUGAACCAGUUGAAAUGAAACACAAAUCGUCUGAAGAAAAAAUGGACUAUAUAUUCCUUAACAAUAAGUACUGUGAUAUUCUAAAUCAUAUUUUUAAAAAAAAUCUGGAAAUUACAAAAAAUAAGAUUAAGGUGGAAAAUGAGUCAACAGAAAUGGAAUUAACAGAUAAUUUGCAAAAAAACAGUUCAAGUAAUAAUAACACUCUUCCUGUAACAUUCUUCAAAAAUCACACAACCCAGGAAGGAACUAAUACUGCAGGAAACAACGAAACGUAUGAAAGCUUUUUAAAUUUACUCAGUCAUGUCUUAUGUUUACUUUACUUCACAACUGAUUCUAGAGCGCACUGGUCCUUUGAUUUGUAUACGCACGAAUUGGCCAAACGGUUGCACUGUGAAAGUAAAAAAAUGAGGAACAUUAGCAUGGAAAAGUACCUAACCAAUAGCUUAAAGGAAAUGAUAUAA